GUACUGUCGUUUUAUUUUUGAAGAAAAACUUUUCAGCUUUUAAAAUGGCCAUGACUAAAAUCAAUCCAGAUUACCACUUGCCGAUUGACAAUCAAAUUCGCCGUGGAUUCAUACGCAAGGUGUAUUUUAUAUUGAUGUGUCAGUUGUUUGUAACUUUAGGAGCUGUUGUAAUCUUCUUCUUCUUCCCCGAAGUGAAGGACUUUGUCGAACGCAAUAUUUGGAUCUUACGGCUGGAUGGGAUCAUCAUGGUGGUGACAAUGGUGGCCUGCUGGUUCGAGAUUGUGCGACGACAGACGCCAAUGAAUUUCACAUGUUUGGGCAGCUUCACCUUCGCUAGAUCCUUUUUUCUGGGCGUCGCAACCAGUUAUUAUGCUGACAACAAGGUGCUUUUGGCCAUCGGGACUACAGUUGCCAUCUGCUUGUCACUCACGCUCUUUGCCAUGCAAACUAAAUGGGAUUUGACAGUGUUGGGAAAAAUUGUGAUAUAUGCCAAACCUAUCUUUGACCUGUUCUCCAUCUUCUUUGGUGGCAAGUUACCAUCUCUGACCUAUUCAUCGCUUUGCGCCUUUUUCGCCUCCUUCAACUUGAUCUACGACACGCAGUUGAUGAUGGGCGGCAAUGUAUGUAAGUAUAUCAUUAGUCAGGAGGAAUACAUUUUCGCCAUAAGCAAUCUGUAUUUUGAUAUUUCAAACAUUUUCUUGAACGUGUUAAACAUUCUGGGCAUCACAGAAGAGUAA